AUGCGGCGAGGCAGAGAGACCUUACUGACGCUGCUGGAGGCCUUCGUGUACGACCCUCUGGUGGACUGGACUGCGGGGGGAGAGGUGGGAUUUGCUGGCGCGGUGUACGGAGGGGGAGGCCAACAGGCUGACAGCAAAAAGAGCAAGCGGGACAUGGAGAGAGACAUCACGCGCUCUCUCUUCUCCUCCAGGGUGGCUGAGAUCAAGGUGAACUGGUUUAAGAAUCGUGAUGAAAUGCUAGCGGUCCUACCACAAGUAGAAGAAGCUGUGGAGGAGUACUUGGUGCUGCAGGAGCUUCUCUGCCAAGGAGAGAAACGCCAAGCGAAACUACAAGAGGAGAGCGCCUUCUUAGAGGGGGCGGAGAACCACCCUGACCACGACAUCUUCACCCUGGAGCAAAGGCGGGAUGGCCCCCCCAGCUAUGUGCCAGCUACAGCCUUCUUGCAAAAUGCAGGUCAGGCCCACCUGAUCAGCCAAUGUGAGAGCCUGGAGGCGGAGGUGAGCACCCUGCUGCAGCAGCGCCGCGGAGCCCUCCGCAGCUCCCUGGAGCAGCUUCACAGCUACGCCACAGUGGCUUUGCUGUACCCACGGGCUACCCUGGUGUUCCACAGGGCCCACCAGUGGAAGGCCUGGUUGGAAGAGCUGCUGAGAGACAUGACAGCAGAUCACUGCCAGCACAUCUACAGACAAUACGAGCUGCUGUUUGCUCCACAACCUUCUGCUGCCUCCUGCCAGUUUCUCUCCAGUGUGGAAUUGACUCUGCAGCACCAAGUGGCCGACACCAACGAGCGCGUGGUGCACCAAGCAGAGCGGCUGAAGGCCGAGGGCACCACAGUAGCGGCGUGUGAGGAGCAGCUGCAGGAGAUCGAGCACUGCAUCACAGUUUUCCUGCGGGAGAACGGAGAGCCGGGUUCUCUCAGCCUGGCUGCAAUCAUCACCUCCGCCCUCUGCACGCUCUGCAGGUUUCAUUCACGUUUUCAUUCUGUGAGGGUUUAAUUGUGUCCGUACUGUAGGUCAACAGACAGACGAAUAAGAAUCUGGUAGUGUGAGGUCCAAAAACAUGCUGAUGUAAGUGAAGGCAGCCAAACGUAGGUGGGAAAACUCAAACCUAACACCAGAGUCUGAGUCAGUGAUCUGAAGAAAUCCACUCAGCGCCACUAAAAACCCUGAAACCACUUAAAGCUCUGGUUAAGGU